CCCAACAAGACCCACAUUUUAAGGUUUCUAUGCUGUCUCAAGAGAUGGAGCAAAUUACACAUAUUCUCCCUCUCACUCCUCUAGUUCUAUUGAUCAUCCUUAGUCUUGGUUUACUUGAUAAUGGUGUUCUUGUUCAAGCUCAGUACGGGUAUGAUCUGACGUCGAACGAUGCAGUGUCCAACUUCCAACCGAGCUUGGUGGUUGUUAUAGGGAUUCUCACCAUCAUGUUCGCCCUCACCUUGAUCCUCCUCAUGUGCCUCAAGUACUGCCACUGGAGCGGGACAGUUAACAACAACAACAACAACGCUGUCACAAGGUCCCGGCAAUUUUCGGGGAUUGACAGGACCGUGAUCGAGUCCCUUCCUUUCUUCCGGUACUCCUCCCUCCGGGGUUCCCGUGCCGGGCUUGAGUGCUCCGUCUGCCUGUCAAAGUUCGAGGACAUAGAGAUCCUCCGGCUCCUGCCCAAGUGCAAGCAUGCAUUUCACAUUGACUGCAUCGACCAUUGGCUCAAGCGGCACUCUACCUGCCCGCUCUGCCGCCAUCGGGUCAGCACCGAUGACCCAAGCAUCUUUGGUUACUCCAAUAGCAUGCGACUGCUUAACUCGAGCGUGUCGGAGAGGAUUCAGGAUCCUAACAGCCUUGAGAUCUUCAUUGAACGGGAGGAGGAAAGCUCUGACGGUAAUGGGUCAUCAUCAAGAUUCAACAUCGGGAUAGGUAGCAGCUUCCGGAAAGUCUUCAGGGGUUCAAACAACAACAGCAGUAGCAAUGGCAAGGAUGAGGAGAGCUUGAUCAUCCAAGAAGAAGGCAAUCAAAAGAUGUUGCACAAGUUGAAUCAUAGGAUUGUUGUGUCCAAUGUCGUGUUCCAGAAUCGAUGGAGCAACGUGAGCUCCUCUGACUUGAUGUUCUUAAACUCUGAGAUGCUUAAUGCACUCUUGAGCGACCGGUUCUCGGCCCUGGAACCGUACAAGGGAAGUACCAUGGCAGCCCAUUGCAGGGUUGAUAACGACCAAAUAGGGAUGAUUAUUAAGGAGCGGAUGGACAGGAAGAGGCUGUUUGAGAGCAAGCUGAGCUCAAUCAAUAAAACCGGCCUGGUCUCGGGUCCUUCCAUAAGGCCAGUAGCUAACACCGAGAACCAAUUAUCGCAAACAAAUGGCUCAAAUAUCGUUUUGGAUGUGGAAACGAGGUCGCAGUCUGAGAUCACGGCAGUCUCGAGGUUCAGAGAUUUGAAUAUUGGGAGGAGCGGGAGAUACAGUAAAGGGAAUAGGAAGGAGGAGAGGAGGAGGAAGCUUUGGCUCCCAAUUGCAAGAAGAACAGUUCAGUGGUUUGCUAAUAGGGAGCAAAGCUCUAGCUCGCGUCAGGGCCCCCUGGACGUAAUUAACACGACAAAGCCGAAACCCGAUCCCAUGGCCCUGUAAAUCCUCAUCUCAAGGCUUCCCUAAUCUGGACUAUAUAGAGUCUUCAACGACCGCUCUUUGGAUCAGAUCCAAUAGUGGAAUAGCCCCGAUAUCUUGACCAGCUUUGUGUUGCAUGAUCCCGAGGAUCUUACUACCCGAUGAUUAGAAUUAUUCUAGUUCUCUUUAAUUUGUCCCCACACUUACCUCUUUUCCAUACCAUACUUUGUCAAUUAAACAGCAUGAACUUCGAUCUUCAUUUCACCUUCUAAAUCAAUCGGAAGAGCCUUCCCCGAUUCUCACAUAAUUCUUAAAACGCUAAUAUACAUUGUUUGUAAGAUUAAUUAUGUCAUAAAUUCACAACCUGUGUGCUGAUGAGAGAGUCGUCGUUUU